AUGCUCGCGCUUCUCGCCUCCUCCACGUCCUCCUUCGUCGCUCCGGCUGGCGUUCCCUCGGGCCUCGCCCGCGGCCUCGACGCUCCGCAGAUGAACUUCCUCAAGGACCUCGCCGCCAAGACGGCACCCGACCGCGGCGGCGCCUCGACGCCCCGUGCUGCGCCUGCAAAGAAGGCGCCAGCGGGCGGCCGCGCCUUCCUGUCCGAGUUCGGAGGCAACACGGCGGUGAUGAAUCCGACGGCCAGGAUCACCGGCAAGGCCAAGCCGCUGUCGCCGGGCUCCAACUACCCCGGUGGCGGCGACAAGCUGCAGGAGCAGUCGUAUGGCUUCGGCAACUUCAUCCAGAGGUUCCAGAAGGCGGAGGGCAAGUCCAAAUAUGGCGUGCCCAUCUUCCUCCCCAGCGGCAACGUCAACCCGGCCUACCUCAAGGCGGAGCGCGACGACAUGAACGCCAAGAAGGCCAAGAACGUCAAGAACCUGCGGUCGCAGCGCGAGAAGAUGCAGAAGGCGGGCACCUACUACCAGUCCGACUACAUCAAGAAGAAGGCGAAGCACGUUUGCAGCGUGGGACUCGGCGGCUGCGUGGCCAACUUGGUCCUAGCGGUGCUGGGCGCGGGCCAGCUGGUGCUGCCGUACGCGCUGAGCCAGCUGGGGCUUGGGUUCGGCCUCGUGGCGCUGCUCGCCUUCGGUGUCCUCUCCAUCCACUCGUGCUACACCCUCUCCGUCUACGAGCUCCAUUUUCGACCCGACCCGCCGGGCGGUCCGCCGGCCUGCAUCGAGUCAUACGCCGAACUGGUGACGCGGGUGCUGGGGAGGCUGGGCAGCACGGUGUGCGCGGCGCUGCUGGCCAUGUACGCCUGGGGCGGCGCCCUCUCCUUCCUGGUCAUCCUCAAGGGCGAGCUCGGCUCGCUCACCGGACUGGACGGCGGGCUGUGCCUGACCGCGGUCGCCACCCUCUUCAUCUUCCCGCUCUCCUCCUGCAAGGACCUGUCCGCACUCAAGCCGACCGCGCCGCUCGGCUGCGCCGCCGCCAUCUUCAUCACCGUCGUCGUGCUCCUCUCCACGCGCUGGUCCUGGGAGGCGCCCCUCGGCGCGGCGGUCUGCCGAGGCCCGGCGGGCAGCGACGCUGGCGGGACUGGCUCGCUGCGCUGGCUUCCCUCGUCGAUGACCUCGCUGGCGGCCUCCCUCCCGCUCCUCUCCUUUGCGCUCAAUUCGUCGUGGGCGUACAUCCCCAUCCUGUGCACGCUCAAGGACCGGCGGCCGGUGCGGUACGCCAGCCUCAUCGCCGGCAGCAACGCGGUCAUCCUCGCAAACUACGUGCUCAUCGCGGCGUACGGCUACGGCAUGUUUUGCGAAGAGACGGAGCCAAACAUCCUCGACUCGCUCGGCGGCGCCGCGGCGCUGGGCACCACCGUCGAGGUCCUGGUGCGGCUCGCGCGCGGCGCUCUGGCGGCGCAGCUGUCGCUCGCGCUGCCCAUGCGCUUCUUCGUGGCCAGGCGAACCGUCGGCGCCGGCGUCUCGAGCUUGUUUGGGCGCGUGCUGCUCUCCGCGUCGCUCGUCGGCAGCGCAACUUUUCUUGCCGUGUUGCCGCUCUCGCUCGCGCUUGUGCUCGGCGUGACCUCCUCUGUGUGCGCGAGCAUGAUCAUCUACAUCCUCCCCGCCCUCGUCGACCUCAAGUUCCGCGUCGACGACCCGCUGAUCCCGCGCAGCCUGCGACUGGCCGGCUCGGCCGUCUCGCUGCUGGUCGGCCUCUUCGUGAUGGUCGGAGGCCUCGCGGGCAACUUCCUCGGCAUCGCGGUCGGCGGCCGCUGA